UGAAAUGGUCGUAUACUUAAGAGAAAGAAAAAAAAAAGAAAGCAACACUCAUGCCGUAAAGAAUGACUCUAGAUUUUUAGAAGUCAGCUACCGAUUUUUUUUACUUUGAAAGGUGUCCUGAUCAAAACUCAGAUUUCCUCCUCUUCCUUUACAAACUACUACCCACUAUGGUCAAGUUCAUCAAGGCUGGUAAAGUUGUCGUCAUCUUGCAGGGCCGUUACGCCGGUAAGAAGGCUGUUGUCGUUCGUAACCACGAUGAAGGUACCAAGGACAGACCCUAUGGUUAUGCUGUCGUUGCUGGUGUUGAACGUACUCCCCUCAAGGUCACUAAAGCCAUGGGUAAGAAGAAGGUCGCCAAGCGCUCCAAGGUCAAGCCUUUCGUUAAGAUUAUUAACUACAACCACAUGAUGCCCACUCGUUAUGGUUUGGAAUUGGAACAAAUCAAGGGUACCGUUUCUGCUGAAACUUUCAAGGAACCUUCUCAACGUGAAGAAUCCAAGAAGGUCAUCAAAAAGCUCUUUGAAGAACGUUACCAAACUGGUAAGAACAAGUGGUUCUUCAGCAAGCUUAGAUUCUAA